GCUGUGAUGGACCUAGAGGAGGCGAAGGAGUUUAAGGAGCGCUGUACUCAGUGUGCUGCUGUCUCUUGGGGUCUUACUGAUGAAGGCAAAUAUUAUUGCACUUCUUGCCACAAUGUUACAGAUAGAUCUAAGGAAGUUAUAAACACUGAGGAUAUUCCUAAUACCAAGAUAAAAGCCAUCAACCGGGGGCUUAAAAGGAAAAAAAAGCUUGAAAAAGGCUGGGAUUGGUAUGUGUGUGAAGGUUUUCAGUACAUACUUUAUCAACAAGCAGAAGCCUUAAAGAGCCUUGGAGUAGGCCCAGAGUUAAAGAAUGAAGUUUUACAUAAUUUUUGGAAGCGCUACCUUCAGAAGAGCAAGCAGGCAUAUUGUGAGAACCCAAUUUAUACCACUAGAAAGAAAGCUACGGUAAUAGAAGAUAAUCUAAGUCAUUCAGACUGGAGUAGUGAGCCUGGGCUACUAAGUGAUGUUAGCUGUCCUUUUGCUGAAAGUGGAGCAGAGUCACAGUCUGACACCUACAGUCAAAAGCCUUUCCCCAUCAGCAGCAGAGCAGCACAAUCAGAAAUGGCGUCAUCUGUCUGUUCUGGAUCUCUUGAUGGAGUGGAAUACUCACAACGGAAGGAGAAGGGAACUGUAAAGAUGUCUGUGCCAAGGACACUUGCUCUCUGCUACCUGUCAUUACUUUGGCAGAGAGAAACAAUAACACUUUCAGAUCUCUUGAGAUUUGUCGAAGAGGACCAUAUUCCUUAUGUAAAUGCUUUUCAACAUUUUCCGGAAGAGAUGAAAUUAUAUGGGCGUGACAAAGGAAUCUUUGCUGUAGAGUCUUGGCCUGAUUAUGAAGAUAUCCAUAAAAAAACAAUUGAAAUUGCCACAUUUUUAGAUUUGCCUCGUUUUCCAGACAUAACUGAAGACUGCUAUCUUCAUCCCAACAUUUUGUGUAUGAAAUACUUAAUGGAAGUCAAUCUCCCUGAUAAGCCAUGGUUUAAUUUCAGAAAGUGGUACCAAGUUAUGAAGAAAACUGUUGAUGAGAAAAAACAUAAAUGGGAGGAAGCAAGGGCAAAGUACAUGUGGAAAAGUGAAAAGCCACUCUACUACUCAUUCAUCGACAAACCAGUAGUAUAUAAAAGAAGAGACAUGGUGGUGAAUCUACAAAAACAAUUUAGCACACUGGUUGAUUUGACACCAACUGUUGAAAAAAAACGCCCCUCAAGUUUUCAGUUCAACUGGACUGAAGAAGACACUGAUAGAACUUGUUUCCAUGGACACAGCCUCCAGGGAGUCCUGAAGGAGAAAGGCCAGUCACUGCUAACCAGGAAUUCAUCAUAUUGGCUUAGUACACAGAAAUUCUGUAAAGGCUACUGUAAACAUUUGACAACCUAUGAAGAAUCAAACUUUUCUCUGAGUUACCAGUUUAUACUAAAUCUCUUCUCCUUCCUGCUAAGAAUAAAGACCUCCUUACUCCAUGAAGAAGUGAGCUUAAUUGAAAGGAAACUUUUUAAAAACAAAUACAGUAAAACAAAAAAGAAAUCUAGAAGAUCCAGGAAAGCAAGAAGGCAUUGA